AUGGCUCAGGCGACAGAAGUUGUCUUCUUACCCCUCAAGGAGGGGAACGAUCCGCAGAAGUUGAAGGCUACGCUUGAAACCAUCCUGAAGCACGGCCAACCACAGCGCAUCUAUGCUGGCGCCCAGGUCGAACACCCGAAUGUUCACAAUUUCUUCAUUGACUGGACCAGCAUCGGCCAUCAUGAAAAGUUCACCGAGUGGGACGGAUACAAGGCCUUUCUGGAUGACGCCGUGACCCAGUGCACGACACCCCCGGAUCUCUAUCAUGUCCACUUCGAGCCAUUCCCACCAUCCAAGGCAUUCUCUGAGGUGACCGAGUUCCUCAACAUUUACUUCCCUGCCGACUAUUCGGCCGAGGACCAAAAGACAUUUCACGAAAACAUGAAGAAGUUCGGCGGUGUCAUCACUAGCAACUGGGAAGGAUGCAGGGGAACCGCGGGGGGUUGGGUUGCGGAAGAGCGCGAAGACCCCAAGAGCGGCGAAAAGGCCAGAGUCUAUGUUGAACUUAUUGGGUGGGAAAGUGUCGAUUCGCACAUGAAGUUCAGAGAACAGCAGGCCUUUAAGGAUAAUAUUCAUCUCCUGAGGGGUGCAAAGGACCUGAAGAAUCUGGUCAUGGUUCACGUUGCCGCCAAAGAGUUCAAGGGGUGA